AUGGCAGCAGAUAGUGUAAUAGCAAAUUGUCAUGAGUUGUACAGCUUUUUGGCCGACAUUAAUGAGGAGCUGAAACGAGCUGGUUACGUUGCAAAGAUUGAGUUGGUUUCUUACGACCUCGAGGAAGAAGAAAAGGAACAUGCUCUUACCUUUCACAGUGAGAAACUUGCCCUUGCCUUCGGGCUCUUAAAAUCUCCUUUGGGAUCGACCAUAAGGAUAGUGAAGAAUCUUAGGGUCUGCCAAGACUGUCACGGAUUUUUUAAACUUGUUUCUUUGGUUUAUAAGAGGGAAAUCAGUCUUAGAGAUAGGAACAGGUUCCACCAUUUUGUUGAAGGUGCAUGUUCUUGUAAAGAUUACUGGUGA